UCCGAUUCGUACUCGGAAUCGGCAUUGGCAUCGGCAUCGGCAGUCUGGGGGUAUGGCAUCGCGUUUUGGCUCAACGCAUCAUUCGGCCCGCGAUUCGCCAAUGCAGAUACUGUAUCUGCGGCUGCAGCCCCACCAAGAUACAAGGCACUGAAGUACAAUAAUCCAAAAUCCAAUCCCGAUAUACAUACACCUCGCUCGUCGUGCUCCACUUGUGCCCAUUGUUGCCCUGCUGUCACCGUAACUCACAAUUGAAUUGUUCCUUUGUUCUGCUGCUGUUGCUGUUGCUGUUGCUGUUCCUGUUACUGCCCGUCGUCCACAGAAAGAGACCCGCUCCCGAAUUUCGCAUAAUUGGCUGGCAAAGCCAAAGCCGCUGACUUUCAAGUUGGCCGCCAGACCAAGUGUCGCCGGAAAAGAUACAGAUACUUAUACUUGGUACUCGGAUCGUGGUGCGGAAAAGCGAGACCGACCAUGCUGGUGCCGCCGGACAUGAUGGCCGCCCAGACGCGCAUGGUCUACCAGAUGAACCGAUUCUGCGCGGAGCGGGUUCAGGCCAGGAUGUUCAGGACGGCCACCGCCAUCCGCGAGAUCUGCAAGAUCGUCCAGGACAUUCUCAAGGAGGUGGAGCUGCAGGAGCCGCGAUUCAUCUCCAGCCUCGUCGAGUGCAAUGGCAGGUUCGAGGGCGUAGAGGUGAUAUCGCCGAAUGAAUUCGAGAUAGUGCUGUAUCUAAAUCAAAUGGGCGUCUUCAACUUUGUGGAUGAUGGAACUCUGCCAGGAUGUGCGGUCUUAAAGCUGAGCGACGGAAGGAAGAGGUCCAUGUCCCUCUGGGUGGAGUUCAUUACGGCCAGUGGGUAUCUGUCCUCCCGAAAGAUCCGUUCCCGUUUCCAAACGCUGGUGGCACAGGCCUGCGACAAGAGUGUCUAUCGCGACAUGGUCAAGAUGGUGGGCGACACCAGCGAGGUGAAGUUGAGGAUUCGGGAGCGUUUCGUGGUCCAGAUCACGCCCGCCUUCAAGUGCUCCGGCAUCUGGCCAAGAUCGGCGGCCCACUGGCCGGUGCCCCACCUCCCGUGGCCACAUCCCAAUAUCGUGGCGGAGGUCAAGACGGAGGGAUUCGACCUUUUGUCCAAGGAGAGCGUCGUCGUGCAGAACAAGAACAACAAUGCCGCCAGCAUGGAGGGCGAUGCCUGGGUCCUCAGUUUCUUCGAGGCCGAAAACCGCCUUCUGCAAGGUGGCUGUCGCCGGCGUUGUUUGAGCAUGCUGAAGACGCUGAGGGAUAGGCAUAUGGAGCUACCAGGCAAUCCCAUCAGUGCGUACCACCUGAAGAACCUGCUGCUCUACGAGUGCGAGAAGCAUCCGCGGGACUUCGAGUGGGACGAGAGUUGCAUUGCAGACCGCAUCAAUGGGAUCUUCCUGCAGCUGAUAUCCUGUUUGCAGUACCGCCGAUGUCCCCACUAUUUCCUGCCGGGACUGGACAUGUUCAAGGGCAAGUCCCCCAGUGCUUUGGAGCAGGCUGCCAAGCAGGUGUGGCGAUUGACCCGAGAGCUGCUCACAAAUGCCAACGCCUUUGAGAAGUUGUAAGGGGUCGUGGGUCAGGGGUCAGGGGUCACGAUGGAUCGGUAUAGCGAUAGGUCGAUGGGUAAAACAUGCGAUCUUUAUUUUAUGUAACUUUUUUUUUUCUACUGAAACCAUAUGUUUUAAAUGUUUGUAUUAAAAUUUAAAACUAUUAUUAUUAACUUUAA